AUGGCGCAGCCUCAGAGGAAAAACGCACUCGCUUCCUCCCGCCUCCCUUUGCGGCUGCGCAGGCGCACCGCUCUGACGCACUCCGGUCCCACGUCCCAGUUUCGACACCCUGGCUUCGCUGAUACGCAUGCGCAACCAGUCUCAAGCGCCGCCUCGCGUUCGUCUCGCGCCGGGCGCGCCUGCGCAGUGUCGAGUUGCGCCUCAGGGGAGGCUGGAGCGGUUCCCUCUCUGGCGGCGCCAUUUUGUGGAGACGCGGGCGCGGCGGGCGCGGCGGCCGUGAGCUCCGCGGCGUCGGAGACCGGGACGCGGCGGCUCAGCGACCUGCGGGUGAUCGACCUGCGGGCGGAGCUGCGGAAGCGGAACCUCGACUCGAGCGGCAACAAGAGCGUGCUGAUGGAGCGGCUGAAGAAGGCCAUUGAAGAUGAAGGCGGGAAUCCUGAUGAAAUCGAAGUCACCUCUGAAGGCAACAAGAAGAUGCCUAAGAGGCCCAGCAAAGGGAGGAAGCCAGAGGACGAGGGUGUGGAGGACAACGGGCUUGAGGAGAAUUCUGGGGAUGGACAGGAAGAUGUGGAGACCAGCCUGGAGAACCUGCAAGACAUGGACAUGAUGGACAUCAGUGUUCUGGACGAGGCUGACAUUGACAGUGGCAGCGUGGCAGACUGUGUGGAGGAAGAAGAGGAGGCCACACUCCCCGAGGGCUUGGCAGAUAGCACUGAGCUGGUGGAAGGCGACCUGAAGGGGCUCCCGGAGCAGCUGCAGGAGCAUGCUGUAGACGACAAGGAAGCCACGAACAAUGUGGAUACGUCGUCAUCGGACUUCACCAUCCUGCAGGAAAUGGAAGAGGCAUCCCUGGAGCCAGAAAAUGAGAAAAUACUCGACAUUUUGGGGGAAACUUGUAAAUCUGAGCCAGUAAAAGAAGAAGGUUCGGAGCUGGAGCAGCCCUUUGCCCAGGCCACGAGUAGUGUGGGGCCAGACAGGAAGCUGGCGGAGGAAGAGGACCUAUUUGAGAGCUGCGGACACCCGGAAGAAGAAGAGGAGGAAGAGCAGGAAGAGGAGCAAGAGGAGGAGGGAGAUUUAGCUUUGGUCCGCAACAGCGAGUCUGAGUCUCCAAGCACUCGGUGUCAGUGGAGCGAGGCAGACGCCCCGUUAGCAGUAGUGAAAAGGGAGCCGGCGGAGGCGCCGGGUGAAGUCGCGGGCGCAGGCGGAGGCCCUGGGACGGACCGCGAGCCUGUAGGGCUAGAGGAGCCAGUUGAGCAGAGUAGCACAGCUGCCCAGCUCCCGGAGGCUGCCAGCCAGGAGCUGGCGAGAGCGCCCACAACAGCCCUGAGCCCUGAGCCCCAAGAUAGCAAAGACGACGUGAAGAAGUUUGCUUUUGACGCUUGUAAUGACGUCCCUGCAGCUCCUAAAGAGUCCUCAGCCAGUGAGGGCGCUGAUCAGAAAAUGAGUUCUGUCGAAGAAGACUCGGAUACAAAGAGGCUUUCCCGAGAGGAGAAGGGUCGCAGCAGCUGUGGUAGGAAUUUCUGGGUCAGUGGCCUUUCGUCCACAACUAGAGCCACUGAUCUGAAGAACCUAUUCAGCAGAUACGGGAAGGUGGUGGGUGCCAAGGUUGUGACGAAUGCCCGAAGUCCUGGAGCUCGCUGUUAUGGCUUUGUCACUAUGUCCACAGCUGAAGAGGCAACAAAAUGCAUUAGCCAUUUGCACAAGACUGAGCUGCAUGGCAAGAUGAUCUCAGUGGAAAAGGCCAAAAGUGAGCCUGCUGGCAAGAGGGUGCCUGACAGAAGAGACGGGGACGGCAAGAAGGAGAGGGCCAGCACCAGUGACAGGUCAGCAAACCUGAAGAGGGAGGAGAAAGCCGACAGAAAAGACGAUGCCAAAAAGGGGGAUGAUGGGAGCGCAGAGAAGAGCAAGGACCCGGAUGAUCAGAAGCCCGGGCCUUCAGAGCGCUCACGGACCACCAAGUCAGGAAGCCGUGGCACCGAGCGCACUGUGGUGAUGGACAAGUCCAAAGGUGUGCCUGUCAUCAGUGUGAAGACAUCCGGGUCCAAAGAGAGAGCCUCCAAAAGCCAGGACCGGAAGUCGGCCAGCCGGGAGAAGCGGUCUGUCGUGUCCUUCGACAAGGUUAAAGAGUCCCGGAAGUCCAGAGACUCAGAGUCGCGGAGGGAGCGGGAGCGCAGUGAGCGGGAGCAGCGGCUGCAGGCUCAGUGGGAGCGGGAGGAGCGGGAGCGGCUGGAGAUCGCCCGGGAGCGCCUGGCUUUCCACCGCCACCGGCUGGAGCGCGAGCGCAUGGAGCGGGAGCGGCUGGAGCGCGAGCGCAUGCACGUGGAGCAGGAGCGCAGGCGGGAGCAGGAGCGCAUCCACCGCGAGCGCGAGGAGCUGCGGCGGCAGCAGGAGCUAGAGAGAGAUACACAAAACAAAAAAGAAAUCUGA